AUGGCUACUCGCCGCCUUUCGUCGCUGGUCCAUGGCUCCAUCAACCAGGACUAUGACGCGUCUUUGGGCAACGAGGCUCAAUUGGCCAAAUUGGGAUAUGAACAGGAACUCAAACGCUCCUUCGGUCUUCUGGGCAUGGUCGGCUUCAGCUUCUCCAUCGUCACCUGCUGGACCGCCCUGGGCGGCACGCUGACCGUGGGCAUCACCGCCGGCGGGCCGCCCGUCAUGGUCUGGUCGUGGGUCGGCAUCUGUCUGCUGUCCCUGUGCGUCGCCUACUCGUUUGCCGAAAUGUGUUCCGCCUGGCCCACUGCUGGAGGGCAGUAUUCUUGGGUCGCCAUCCUCGCUCCGCCGAAGUAUGCUCGUGGCAGUGCCUGGGUGACGGGGUGGUUUAUGUGUACCGGCAUUGUUGCUAUGGGGGCGGUCAACAAUUUUAUCUGCUCCAAUUUCAUCCUCGGCAUGGCCAAUCUCAAUAACCCAGGCUACACCAUCGAGCGUUGGCACGAUGUGCUGGUCACUUAUCUGCUCGCCAUCUGCGCCGCUCUCGUCAACAUCUUCCUCUCCCGCUGGCUGAACCAGAUCUCGAUGUUCGCCGUGGUCUGGAACCUUGUGAGCUUCUUCGUCGUCAUCAUCACCAUCCUCGCCUGCAACGACCACAAGCAGUCCGGCAGCUUUGUCUUCUCCGAUUUCCAGAAUGAUACUGGUUUCUCGUCGGGCGGCAUGGCUGUCAUGAUUGGUCUAUUGCAGACUCUGUUCGGCAUGGCGUGCUAUGAUGCGCCGGCUCACAUGAGCGAGGAACUCAGGGAACCUGCAAAACAAGCUCCCCAAGCCAUAGUUAUGUCCGUCUGGCUCGGAGCGGUGACGGGGUUUGUAUUCCUGAUUUCGGCGUUUUUCUGCAUCGGCGACAUUCAAGCCACAGCAGACACACCGACAGGUGUGCCCCUGAUCCAGAUCAUGUACGACAGCACGGGCAGCAUCGGCGGGGCGACGGCGCUGUCGUGCCUGAUCACGGUGAUUGUGCUGAUCGCCUCCAACAGCCUGAUGGCCGAGGGCGGCCGCGCGCUGUGGGCGUUCGCGCGCGACCACGGCCUGCCGUUCUCGGGCGUCUUGAAACAAGUCAACAAGCGGUCCCAGGUGCCCGUCUACUCGAUCCUGCUGUGCAUGGUGAUCCAGAUGGGCCUGAACAGCAUCUACUACGCCAGCUACGAGGGCUUCAGCACCGUCGUCUCCAUCGCCACCUUCGGCUUCUACCUGUCCUAUGCCAUGCCGCUGCUGGCGCGGCUGUGGAGCUUCUUCGCCGGAUACGAGCACGCCAAACGCAUCCCCGGCGCCUACAACAUGGGCAAGUGGAGUCCUGUGCUCAACGCCCUCGGACUGGCUUUUCUGAUCUUUGGCGGUAUCGACUUCAACUUCCCCCAGGAGGGGCCUGUCGAUGCAGAUAACAUGAAUUACUGCAGUGCCGCGUUUGGCAUCAUCGGUUUGAUCAGCCUCGUCACCUGGGUCUUUGAUGGGAGGAAGAAUUUCACGGGACCCAAGACCGCCGGCACGAUGGUCAGUGGCCUCGAGACUAAUGGUCAUGAGGUGCUUGAGAAGGAGGAUGGACUGCUGGGCGUUGAUGGCACGGGAAGCGCGGCCGCGAAGGAAAAGGCGGCCCAGAAUGCUGACAAGAUGGCUUGA